AUGUCUUCCCAAUCACCAAGAAGAGUAGUGAGCGUCCUCACUCUCUUCGUGCUUGUAUCCUCCUCGCUGGCCGCCGCCGCCGCCGCGCAAAACGAGCCCGAAGCGCAACCACCGACGACCCAUGGCGUGUGCGGCGGCCCGGACGUGGGCGGGAGAUGCCACAGCGUCCCCAGGGCGCUGCGGCUGAAGCUGAUCGCCAUCCCGGCGAUCCUCCUCGCCAGCUUGCUCGGCGUGUGCCUGCCGCUCGUCUCCCGCUCCGUGCCGGCGCUCCACCCCGACGGCGACCUCUUCGUCGUCGUCAAGGCCUUCGCGUCGGGGGUCAUCCUCGGCACAGGCUACAUGCACGUGCUCCCAGACUCCUUCAACGACCUCAGCUCGCCCUGCCUGCCGCGGAGGCCCUGGGCGGAGUUCCCCUUCACGGCGUUCGUCGCCAUGCUCGCCGCCGUGUUCACGCUCAUGGUGGACUCGCUCAUGCUCACGUUCCACAGCCGGGGCAGGGGCAACAAGGCCAGCGCCGCGGUCGCGCACCACGGCCAUGGCAGCCCUCCUCCGCAGGUGCACCUCCAUGGUCACGGGCAUCUGGACGACAUGAGUGAGCCGGCGGCGAGCACGGAGGCCGUGGGCAAGGUCGAGGAGGAGGACGUGGAGGCCGGCAGAACGCAGCUGCUCAGGAACCGCGUCAUUGUUCAGGUCUUGGAGAUGGGCAUCGUGGUGCACUCAGUGGUGAUCGGCCUGGGGAUGGGCGCAUCGCAGAACGUCUGCACGAUCCGGCCCCUCGUGGCUGCGCUCUGCUUCCACCAGCUCUUCGAGGGGAUGGGUCUCGGCGGCUGCAUCCUGCAGGCGGAGUACGGCGCCCGGAUGAGGUCGGUGCUGGUGUUCUUCUUCUCGACGACGACGCCGUUCGGGAUCGCGCUGGGGCUGGCGCUCACCAGGGUGUACAGCGAUAGCAGCCCGACGGCGCUCAUCGUGGUCGGGCUGCUGAACGCCGCCUCCGCGGGGCUGCUCCACUACAUGGCGCUCGUCGACCUCCUCGCCGCCGACUUCAUGGGGCCCAAGCUGCAGGGCAGCGUCCGGCUCCAGCUCGUCUGCUUCCCCGCCGUCCUCCUCGGCGCCGGUGGCAUGUCCGUCAUGGCCAAGUGGGCGUGAUGUAUCCGAAGAAGAGCAGACACUAUCACGGCAGUUACGUUAGGUACAGGUAUUAUUGUACUGUGAAUAUAUGCUGUAUGCGUUCCGGCCUCCUGCUAUAUAUUUUUUACCUGUCGUCUUUCUUCUCUUCAUUCUCUGACACGGUAGUGGUAUUUGAGGUGUAAAUAGGCAGUAUAAGUAGUACUGUGUUGGAAGGUGAGCUACUUGUAAAAUGUAAAUUUAUGUGAUAUGAAUAAGAUAU